AUGCAGAUCUUCGUCAAGAUGCCGGCGGGGAAGACCGUCACCCUGGAGGUCGAGAGCAUCUACACCGUCGACAAUGUCAAGGCCAAGAUCCAUAGCGAGGAAGGCGUCUCGCCGGAGCAGCAGCGCCUCAUCUUCGCGGGGAAGCAGCUGGACGACGGCUGCAGCCUAGCCGAUUACGAUAUCCAGAAGGACUCCACCCUCCACCUCCUGCUUCAGCUCCGCGGGGGCAACAUGUGGUUCGAGCCCAGUCUGAGAACCCUCGCAGAAAAGUACAACUCAGACAAGAAGAUCUGCUGCAAGUGCUAUGCUCGGCUAUCUCUCAGAGCUACAAACUGUCGCAAGAAGAAGUGCGGCCACAGCAACCAGCUGAGGCUAAAGAAGAACAACUGGUACAGGAGAUGGAGGCACUGA